UAGACCAUCGUAGUUCCAACUAACAUCUUUGGCCUUCUUCUCCUCAUAACUCAUUGACUUUUUCUCUCUCUAAAUCACACAACUUUCUCUCUCUAAAAAAUAUCAUGCAGGUGGCAGCAACACUUCAGGCAACUAAUGCUCAUUUUUUUCAGACACGUCGAGCCAGUUUCAAGUGCAAUGGAUAUUCAUCACCAUUGAACCCUGUAACUAGAGCUACUUGUAUAAAUGCACAAAGUUUGAAAACAAUAGCAUCACCACCAUUAGCACCAACAUCUACAGAUAUGACAAAAAAACAUCUUUCAAAUCUUGAAAAGCUUUUACAAAAGCCAUCUCAGCCACAUCCAAUGGAUCCAUCGGUGCCGGUAAUUCAAGAACCGAAGAAACAGGGGAAAGAAAACAGGGGAAGGAACUUAUUGGAAGGGCUAAAUUUGUCUAGAAUUUGGCCUGAAAUGAAAGCAGCUGAAGAAAUGUCACCAAGGCAUUUAAUUAGGUUACAUAGAAUGUUAUCAAAUAAAUCCAUGGAUGAGUAUUCUCCAAGGAACAAUCUUGGUCGUAGGUGGAAGGAAUACCAUGGUUGUAAAGACUGGUUAGGUCUUCUUGAUCCAUUAGAUGAAAAUCUACGUCGAGAAUUAGUCCGGUACGGGGAGUUUAUUCAGGCUGCUUACCAUUGUUUUCACUCCGACCCCGCCACGUCAUCAGAGGAGAAUCCUGACGUGGCGAGGAACGUGUCGUUACCUGACAGGUCGUACAAGGUGACCAAGAGCCUGUUCGCCACGUCAUCCAUUGGCCUGCCUAAGUGGGUGGAUGACGUGGCGCCAGACCUCGGGUGGAUGACCCAGAGGUCUAGUUGGAUGGGUUACGUGGCGGUAUGCGACGAUAAAGCCGAGAUCCAACGGAUGGGAAGGAGGGAUAUUGUCAUCGCGCUGCGUGGGACUGCCACGUGUCUAGAGUGGGGCGAAAAUGUCCGCGACUUACUCGUUCAAAUGCCAGGAGAAAAUGAUUCAACCGAAGGACAACCAAAAGUAGAAUGCGGUUUUUUGAGCUUGUACAAAACAGGUGGGGCUAAAAUCCCAAGCCUAGCUGAAUCUGUGGUAAAUGAAGUAAAAAGACUUACUGAAAUGUAUAAAGGUGAGUCCCUAAGUAUAACAGUAACAGGGCAUAGUCUUGGUGCUGCAUUGGCCCUAUUAGUAGCAGAUGAUAUAAGUACAUGUGUACCAGAAGCACCACCAGUUGCAGUUUUUUCCUUUGGUGGCCCUCGAGUGGGCAACAAAGGUUUCGCGAAUCGCCUAGAAUCCAAAAACGUUAAAGUUCUACGAAUCGUGAACAAGCAAGACGUGAUCACUAAAGUUCCAGGCAUGUUCGUGAGCGAAGCAAUCGACAAAAAAUUAAGGGAAACGGGAGCCGCGGGGGUGUUAAACUUGCUUGACAAUAGCAUGCCAUGGGCUUAUUCACAUGUUGGCACUGAAUUAAGAGUUGACACAACAAAGUCUCCAUUUUUGAAACCUGAUGCAGAUGUUGCAUGUUGCCAUGACUUGGAAGCAUAUUUGCAUUUGGUUGAUGGCUACUUGGGAUCUAAUGAAUCAUUUAGACCAAAUGCUAAGCGGAGCCUUGCUAAGUUGUUAAAUGAACAGAGUGCUAAUAUCAAGAAAUUGUACACUAGUAAGGGAAAAGAUUUGAGUAGUCUCAAUCUUAAUAGAGAAUUUAGUUUUCCUAGGCCUAGCUGCUUGCCUAGUCCUUCAUCUUGAAAUUGUUGGAAUGAGGAGGAUGUAUGCUUCUUGUACAAAUUUAAGAAGUAAUGAGAAGUAUACGUUUUCUACUUGUAA